CAGAGCAGCUAGGUGCAGUGGAGACAUCGGAUCGGUCAUUCAAGUUGACAUUUCGCUUUCUUUUUGUAUGGAGCGACCUGUCAUUGUUGCGAUUUUUGUUGCUGGUUAGGCAUCACACAAGAUGUUAUGACUGCAUACACAUGACAGUGUGUGGUGUUAGGGAAUUUUAGCAGGAUUGUCUGGCAAGGGAACUUGACAGUUUGUUUGGCAUAGGGUUUCCGUAUAUUGUUGUCAUACAUUAUUCAGCUAACUUGGCUACCACUGGUUAGAUAGCACGUGAGCUAUCCUCUUCCAGCCUUAAAGUGUUUUAUCAAGCUGCUUCGAAGAUAUGGAUGUUGACAUAAGUACCAUUUUAGGAUGCUCCCUCGGUAUUAUUUUGGGAGGGCUUACUUUUGCUGCCUAUAAGCUUGGCGUGUUGUACCAGCUCUUCCACAAGACAGAGACAAAAAGUCCGCGGCAUGGUGGCGAGAGCGUGGCAGAGGUGCUCCGUACCCACGGGGUCAAGUUUGUCUUCACGCUGGUCGGGGGCCACAUAUCCCCCAUACUGGUGGCGUGUGAGAAGGUGGGCAUCAGAAUCGUGGACACGAGGCACGAGGCCACAGCCGUGUUUGCUGCAGACGCAGUGGCACGUCUCUCAGGCACGGUGGGUGUGGCUGCAGUGACGGCCGGCCCAGGCCUCACCAACACCGUGACGGCGGUGAAGAACGCCCAGAUGGCUGAGUCUCCUCUGCUCCUGAUUGGAGGUGCAGCAGGCACCAUGCUGCAGGGCAGAGGAGCAUUGCAGGACAUUGAUCAGAUGUCCCUCUUCAAGCCUCUGUGCAAGUUCUGUGCAUCAGUACGGACCAUCAGGGAGAUCGUGCCGAUCGUCAGAAAGGCCCUGGCCAUUGCCCAGUCUGGGACUCCCGGCCCUGUGUUUGUGGAAUUCCCAAUCGACACCCUCUACCCGUACCACUUGGUGUCCAAGGAGUUUGGAGUCAAGAACCCUCCCAAAGGCCUAAUGGGGAAAAUCGUUACCUGGUACCUUCAGAAUCACCUGUCAAACUUAUUUGCUGGAGCUUGGGAGGCCCGCGACGCAUCGCCGCUGCCUGUUGACAUCCCUCAGGCCACAAAUGAACAGGUGCAGAGGUGUAUAGAGCUGGUGAGUCGAGCCAAGAAGCCCGUCAUUCUCCUGGGCAGCCAGGCUACGCUGCCUCCCACUCCAGUGGACGAUAUCAGGAAAGCCUUAGAGGAGUUGAGUAUCCCAUGUUUCCUGGGUGGAAUGUCUCGGGGCAUGCUGGGUAAAGACAGCCCCAUACACAUCAGGCAGAACAGGCGCGAUGCCCUAAAGGACGCUGACCUGGUGGUGCUAGCAGGCACAGUGUGUGACUUCCGGCUGAGUUAUGGGCGAGUGCUUAACCGACGCAGCAAGAUCAUCGCGGUCAACAGGGACAAGAGCCAGCUGCUGAAGAACUCGGACAUGUUCUGGAAACCAACGGUGGCCAUUCAGGGAGAUGCAGGGUCUUUCUUACACCGCCUUUCCAAGGGACUGAAAGGCUACAAGUGCCCAGAAGACUGGCCCCAGAGCUUGAAACAGGGAGACAUUACCAAAGAGAAAGCAAAUCGGGCGAAGGCGGAUGAGAAGACUGAUCUGCACCUGAACCCGCUGGGCGUGCUGCACCGCGUGGACGAGCUCAUGGCCGAGGACAGCAUCAUCGUGGCCGACGGCGGAGACUUUGUGGGCAGCGCUGCCUACAUCAUGAGGCCCCGCGGGCCGCUGCGCUGGCUGGACCCAGGUGCUUUCGGGACCUUGGGUGUGGGCGGUGGCUUUGCUCUCGGUGCCAAACUGUGCCGACCAGACUCAGAGGUGUGGAUCGUCUAUGGGGAUGGUUCUCUUGGCUACAGUGUGGCAGAGUAUGACACCUUCACGCGACACAAGACUCCUGUCAUCUCUGUGGUGGGGAACGAUGCCUGCUGGAGUCAGAUAUCCCGAGAGCAGGUUCCCAUCCUGGGAAGCAAUGUGGCCUGUGGUCUUGCUUUCACAGACUACCACACGGUCGCCAAUGGUUUCGGAGGCAUUGGGUACCUGGUUGGCCGGGAAAACGAAGCCGAGCUGGAUGACAUCAUCAAGGAAGCGCAGCGUCAGAGCAAGGAGGGAAAGUCGACACUACUGAACGUACUGAUUGGGAAGACCAAUUUCCGAGAGGGCUCGAUCUCAGUGUAGCUCUGCAAAACCCUUGACUCCACCUGUUAGCAAAAAAAAAAUAGAAUAACAUCGGUGAAGCCAGGGCUGGAUUAAUGGCCUGGGGCCCCUAGGCUACAGGUUGCGAUCGGCCCCCUGCAGAAAAAAAAAAUCAUGACAAAAUUACAUAAACGGUGUCAUAAUUCGCACAUAUAAAUGAAGUCUGCCAACUAUAGAGAGGAGUAUUAACAAGAAAUGAGUAUUUCAAUACUACAUCUGCAAUUCAGCUAAAUUGUUUUCCCCCGUUUGACCAAUCACGGGGCUCCUGGCUAGUGGGGACCCCUAGGAUUCAGCCAUAUGUAGCCUGUGCGUUAAUCCGACCCUGCUUGAAGCGUUUUCCGCACCUGCAAUCCAGGGGCUUCGAGGGGGCUUUGGAAAUUGUUUCAUCACGGCCUUAUUCCGGUAGUGUGUCAGGCAGACUGAGAGAUUGAAGUGACACUGUACUGAGACAUGGUGGAGCAAAAAAAGCAUGUAUAUCUUGGUUGAGCACUUGCCCGGAGGGGAGUAAUGGAAUGCUGCUGUUUGCUGUGCUUUAAAGCUCUCCUCCAAUGCACUCCAAUGUUCUGCACUGGUCCUGCAGAAAAGGGAAUUAAAUCGACGGUUAUUUAUGAAAUGGUGAAAUGGUUCAAAUUUGUUCAAUUUUGGCCUUAUCGGUUGCCUUUUGUUUAAAAAUGUUGAUUUCUGAAAGUUAUCUGUUGCACUUUGAUUUACAUUUUGUUUUGUUUUUAAUUUAGCCAGGUACAAUUGAUGGUAAAAUGUUAUGUUUAUUCUGGAAAACAUAUUGCUGAUUUUGAGAAUGGUGACUGAGGAGCAAACAUAUUGAAUGUACAAAUGAGCAACUAUGCAUGACUAAUACAUGCAUUGGAAAUAAUAUUAUUGUAAUACCCACACUGGUGAUACUUAGUGUUCCCUGAGAAGCAUUUUUUAAAUUGUUGUUUUUAAGGAUAUAUUUCUCUAGUGGACAGAAUCUUGGUCCAUUAAUCUGUUCUAAAGGGGAAACGACUGAGAAUGGCAAAAGUUGAAAAUGUACUGUAUGAUGUUGCAAUAAAUAAAUUGGUGAACAAUUGA